AUCAAGCAGCAUAAAGUUAAGUAAAACAUCAAAACACAUAGAAAAUGAAACCACCAAAACUAGAAAACAUGAAGACUCCUAAAAAGAAAGCUUUGAAAAAUAAAAAUAAUGAAUGUAAUCCGUCGGAUGAAUCUAUUCAAAAAAAAAAAAAGAAAGGCAAAAAGUUUAGAUGUUCCCAAAGAUAAUAUGGAUCAGACUACUGCGAAAAAAAUUAAAUUGGAAAAUCCAAUUGAUGAAUCAGAUCAUGUUUCAUCGGAGACUGUAAAUGUCGUAGAAGAAAGUGAGCCAAAAAAAAUAAAUUACAGUGUGGAAGAAUUGAAAAAAAAAAUUGAAAUUCUUUCUAGCAAAGACAAUCUUACAAAAAGUGCCCGUAAAAAUUUAGCUAAAUUAAAAAAAAAAUUAAGCGUACAAGAAAAUAUUUCCGCAACAGCGUUACCGAAGAAACAAGUUGAAGAAGAAUUUACAGAAGAAGCAUGUGGCUCUGACGUUACUGUUGAUGACAAAGAGACAAGUGUUGAAAAAGAAUAUUCUGUUCAACAACCCGCGAAAAAAACUCACAAUACAAAAAAUGAAAAAAACCUAAAUAAAAAAAAUAAGAAUGAAGUGCCAUCAAAUAAAAUAAAAAAAGAAAAUGUCAAUAACAUCAAAACAUUGUCUAACAAAGAAGAAGCAGAAGAAAAUAAAACAAAUCGUAUAAACCAAUCAAAAAAAGAGAUUGCCAAAGAACAACAACAAAAAAAAACGCGACAUAUUCUUUUUGUCGGUAACAUCCCUUAUGGAGCAACUGUUGAAGAAAUUAAAAAUCAUUUUCUUAAGGAAGUCAGCCAAGUAAUAAGUGUGAGAAUUCCAACUGUUAAAAAAACAAAUGAACCUCGAGGAUUCGCUUAUGUUGAAUUCAGCAACAGUAUCGAUUAUGAGAAAGGAUUAUCAUUACAUCACUCUCAGUUAAAUGGCCGAAGAAUAAAUGUUCAAUAUACUCAAAGUGGUUCCAAAAAUGCGGGCAAGAAAUCUGAAAUAAUUAAAAAGAAUCAAUUGUUACAUUCUCUUCGAAAACAAGGAAAGUUAGCUGGUAAUAAAAAUUUUAAAAGUCGACAAAAUUUUAAAAAGUUUCAAGAGACAAAUAAAUUUUAA